UCGCUUCUUUUUUUCAUCCGUUUUUUUCUGCAGCAUCAGUACCGCGCUCGUAUUGCAUUCGUUUGCUGCUGCUGGAGCCGGAGCGCGCUGCGGGGCGACACUGCACCGCCGAGGAGGACGCACGAGCAACGUACAGGGGGACUAGGAAAAAGGGAAAAAAAAGAGAGAGAAGGUAGCUCACAGGGGACACCUAAACCCCGGGUUUGAAUACUAGAAGAAAAUAUAAAACGGUCGGAACCUUGGACAUAAGAAGACAACGAGGGCGAAAAUCCUAGGCGAUUAUAAUUUAGCCAACACGGCGGGGCAACAAUGAAGGACCGUACGCAAGAACUACGAAGCGCCAAGGACAGCGAUGACGAUGAGGAGGUUGUCCAGGUGGACCGAGAUCACUUCAUGGAUGAGUUCUUUGAGCAGGUGGAAGAGAUCCGGGGCUGUAUAGAGAAGCUGUCAGAGGAUGUGGAACAGGUUAAGAAGCAGCACAGCGCCAUCUUGGCAGCGCCCAAUCCUGACGAAAAAACCAAGCAGGAACUGGAGGACCUCACAGCUGACAUCAAGAAGACAGCCAAUAAAGUCCGCUCAAAAUUAAAAGCAAUCGAGCAGAGCAUCGAGCAGGAGGAGGGGCUGAAUAGAUCAUCUGCAGACCUGCGGAUCCGCAAGACACAGCACUCUACGCUGUCACGUAAGUUUGUGGAGGUGAUGACUGAGUACAACACCACGCAGUCCAAGUACAGAGACCGCUGCAAGGACCGUAUCCAGAGGCAGCUGGAGAUCACUGGCAGAACGACCACCAAUGAGGAGCUGGAGGACAUGCUGGAAAGUGGCAAGCUCGCCAUCUUCACUGAUGAUAUCAAGAUGGAUUCCCAGAUGACCAAGCAGGCCCUGAACGAGAUCGAGACACGACACACUGAGAUCAUCAAGCUGGAGAACAGCAUCCGGGAGCUGCACGACAUGUUUGUAGACAUGGCCAUGCUGGUGGAGAGCCAGGGAGAGAUGAUUGACAGAAUCGAGUACAAUGUGGAGCACUCAGUGGACUAUGUGGAGCGGGCUGUGUCUGACACCAAGAAGGCUGUCAAAUACCAGAGCCAGGCUCGCAAGAAGAAGAUCAUGAUCAUCAUCUGCUGUGUGAUCUUGGGGGUGGUCCUGGCCUCCACCAUCGGAGGGACGCUCGGCUUCUAGAACACGCCAUCGCCACGACAACGACCGACAGCCAGCAGAGAGAAAAACAACACAGAGAGAAAACGAUGUAACACGAGAUUAAUGAUAACGUCAUAGGGGCGGGUGGGGUUGAAAACACAAAGACAAAAAAAAAAAGAACAAAACCAACAUUACAUUAUAGCUGACUAAAAUACAUAACGUAUACAAAAAGAGGGUACAAAAUAAACCUAAUAUUUACAAUGUACAUGUAAAUGUAUUGAACAUAGGAAGCAGCACAUGGGUUAGCUACCUGUAAAGAAUUAUGAUGUGAAAAUACUUUUCUUUUUUCUUAUUUUUUUGACGUUUCUUUCUUUUUGAGGGGUCUCCUGGACAGUGCGGAUGACUGCUAAAUUGUGUGUGUUCCAGCAAAGCUAGUUUUAGAGCAAAAUGCACAAAAACUGUAGAAGGGAGUAGGGUACAUGGGUGAAGCUUAUUUCUUAGGUACAACAAUCACCUUUCAUCGGGAGACUGACUUGGGUUUUUGGUUUAACAGUAUCUCAAGGCAGCUCUUGUAGUUGCAACACUCGAAUCAACCUGUCAAAUGAGUCGACUUGAGGAUAGGCAUUAAUUUGCAUGUGUCUUGAUUUCAAACAAUAUGAACAAAAGAAAACAACCCACACCCAUGGAACUGUUUGAAGGGAGGGUCCUGUGAUUGGAUAGGGGACCCACUUGUCCAUCGGCUUAUUCUGAUUGGUCCACUGAUUGGUCCAAACCUAAUUCAGACGCACAGGCUAGGGGUGG